GGCUCUUCCAAUCACGUGAUCUCAUGUUUUUUUCUUGCUCGCCACCAGAUAAGGCAACAUCAACACAGCACGGACGGCACCCGCUCUUACGUUAUCCACACAAUGUCCAUUCCCUACAUCAAAGACACCAAGGAAUUCGAUUCCUACCUCUCUGCCAACAACGCAUUGGUCGUUUACUUCACCGCCGUAUGGUGUGGGCCGUGCCAAGCCAUUAAGCCGGUGAUUGAAGGGCAUUACGAGCAGUACCCGAACGUUCAGAUUGCCAAGGUGGACAUUGACCAGAACAAAGAAGUGCCAGCGCGGUUCCAGGUCUCGUCUGUGCCGUCAUUCCUCUUUUUUUCCAAGGGGAAGCUCACAGAAACCGUCAGAGGUGCCAAUCCCCACGGAAUCAAGACCGCCUUGGACAAGCUCUCCGCCUUGCAUCCUUCCGCCAAAAGAAGCGUGGCCAGUGCCGCUGCUCCUGUAGCACCAGCUAUUACCAGUUUCGUUCCUAAAGGCUUUGAGGUGUUGAAUGACUUCAUCUGGUUUGCCGACUUCCAGGCGUUAAACUCUGUUCCGCUAUACAAGGGCGAUGGUGAUUACAUUAAGAAAGUGUUCAAGACGAACGAACCAAAGUCUAGUUUGAUAUCAGAUGCCGAUUCUCAGCUUUUGUUCCACGUGCCGUUCUCCAAUAUCUCCAAGAUCUACUCGAUUUUGAUCAAGGUGAAGCCGCUAGCAGAGAUGAACCUUGAGACCGCGGAUGUUGGUGAUAUCGCGGAUUUGCAGCGUCCUUCCACUAUCAAAGUCUGGGCCAACAGCCCUAUGAUGUCGUUUGAGGAUGCCUCUGCUGAUGCCGUCACCCCAUUACACGUGGAGGAUAUUUCCUCGGAUAACGAGUGGUACGAGGUUAAAUUGAAGUACGUCAAGUUCCAGAAGGUGCAGAGCUUGGGGAUCUUUAUCGAGGGUGAGGAUGAGGACUUGCACACCGUUGUGGAAAAGAUUGUGUUUGUGGGAGUCAAUGGUGAGAGCAAGGACCAGGGGAAGAUCCAAAAGAUCGAGGAACAUGAUCAUUAGCAAUUUGGUUCAACAAAGCUGGGUCAAACAGUAAGCCAUGUUAGCUUCCAUAGGUUAAUAGUAUACAUUGGAAUGGUGCGUAAACAG